UCCUUGCCUCCUACUUCCGCCCUGUUUGAGAGGCAGUUCACUCUUCGAUUGUUUAUGUCUCUUGCGCAUUAAUUUGACCUUAAUUCAAAGGUAUAUUUAAUUGAAUCGCGUAUGAAUCAUCGUGUCGGUGUCUGUGUGGAUAACUUUAGCGUUUCUCUGCUGCCAGUCCUUCAGCUAACGGUUUAAUUUAGCAGUAGCGAUGCUAGCGGCUAGUUAGCUAGUGGGAGCUAACAACUAGCUGAGGCUCUUUGGGGAGCAGAGCGAGCUGGAAAGCUGUUGUUUUUUAUUUAUUCAAAGCAUGUAGUAGAUAGUUUUUGGCUAAUCCUUGCUUGGUGUAACGAGUCCGUGCUGUUGCAGGUAGUGUGUUUGGCUGUCUGUGAUGCUUGGAGCGAGGCUGGGCUGCAGGGACAGGCCGAUGGUGGAAACAUGACUUCUGAGUAACGCACAGUUACUUUCUCUGCUCAGUAUGAACAGCGAGGAAGAGUUUUACGACGCUGAGACAGGGCUGGAGUCAGAUGAUUCCUGUGAGGUCAGUUUUAAAGAUGCCCUGGUGUUUGACAGUAGCACCAAACAGGAGAAUGGAGUCUGGGAGCGCAGGAAAACCCUGCCUGCUGAAAUGAUCUCCAGAAACAACUUCAGUGUGUGGAGCAUACUGAAGAAAUGCAUUGGCAUGGAGCUGUCCAAAAUAGCAAUGCCGGUUGUGUUUAACGAGCCGCUGAGCUUCCUCCAGAGACUCUCGGAGUACAUGGAGCACACUCACCUCAUCCACAAAGCCUGCAGUUUGUCUGACUCAAUAGACCGCAUGCAGAUUGUUGCUGCGUUUGCUGUUUCGGCUGUAGCAUCUCAAUGGGAAAGGACUGGAAAGCCAUUUAAUCCUUUACUGGGGGAGACAUAUGAACUCGUAAGAGAGGACGAGGGAUACAGAAUGAUCUCGGAGCAGGUGAGCCACCACCCCCCUGUCAGUGCCUUCCAUGCCCAGUCUCUGAAGCAAGAGUUCGAGUUUCACGGCUCCAUUUACCCAAAACUCAAGUUCUGGGGCAAAAGUGUGGAGGCUGAGCCCAAAGGCACCAUGACGCUGGAGCUACUGAAACAUAAAGAAGCGUACACAUGGACAAACCCAAUGUGUUGUGUACAUAACAUCAUCCUGGGAAAACUCUGGAUUGAGCAAUACGGCACAGUGGAGAUAGUCAACCACAGCACGGGAGAUAAGUGUGUGUUAAACUUCAAACCGUGUGGCAUGUUUGGGAAAGAGCUGCACAAAGUCGAAGGUCAUAUCCAAGACAAAAACAAGAAGAAGCGGCGCAUUAUCUACGGGAAGUGGACGGAAUGCAUGUACAGCGUGGACCCCAAGGUUUACGAAACAUACAAGAAGUCAGACAAGAAGACUGCAGGAGACUCAAAAAAGCUGAAACAGGAACAUAGUUGUGAACGUGACGAAGCAGAUGAGAUGCCAGAAUUUCAAGAGACUGUGACUGUGAUACCAGGAAGUGCCUUACUGUGGAGGAUAACGCCGCGGCCUGCUCACUCAGCACAGAUGUAUAACUUCACCAGCUUUGCCAUGACACUAAACGAACUGGAGCCCAGCAUGAAGAGACUACUGCCCCCAACAGACUGCCGGCUGAGGCCCGACAUCAGAGCCAUGGAGAAUGGAGACAUGGACACAUCAAGCGCAGAGAAAGAGCGGUUAGAGGACAAACAGCGGGCCUCACGCAGGGAACGCUCCAUGGACGAGGAAGAGUGGCCAACCAGGUGGUUUCAGCAGGGAACAAACCCUCACACGGGAGCCGAGGACUGGCUGUACACAGGUGGAUACUUUGACAGGAAUUUCACUGACUGUCCCAACAUUUAUUGACACAGAAGGAGGUGCUCGGUGUGCAGACCUCCUCCUCCUCCUCCUCUCUGAUAGGAUUCACUUUAUUUCUCAGCAUCUAAGAUCUGUGACGUCCAGACGCUCACUGGUACUGUGUCUUUAUUUGAAUCCAUGAAAAAAAGAUGAUAUCAAAAUGUCAUCAGACAGUUUACCCGAUUGUCACAGACUGUGAACUUUGUCCACAGAAGAAAUUAUAUAUUAAGGAGAAUUUUAGAGUUUACUUACCGUAAAUGUUGACAUCAAACAUCUUUAUAUGCGCUAAUCUUGACAAUAAUAGUCCACAUGUAUGUUACUCACCUGUCUAGGGUUUUAAACCAGUCACCUGUGUGAGUGUGUGCGUUUGUGUGUGUGUGUGUGCGUGUGCGUGUGUGUGUGUGUGUGUGUGCGUGGUGAACAUGCCGCUGCUGCAGGACACAAAGCUCUGACUUCUAGAGGAUAUAUUCUCAGUUUUAGUUCAGGUACUCGGCCGUAACCUUACCUGUAGACGUACCACACACUUCUUGUCCAGUUGCAUUCAAAUAUCAGGGGUUAAUUAUACACAUCUGCUACUUUUUAUAUGUAACCUGUUUGAAUAUUAGAUUUGUAUUUUAGUUAGCUGUAAACAUCCCUAAAAUGUCACAUGUGUGAUCUACUUUCUGUGAAUAGAGACUUACAGUAGAGAUGAAAGCUGCUUAUAACCAUGUUUACGGUCACAGAAAACAUUGUUGGUACAUUAUAUUGUUGUCUGCUGUAGAUAAUGUGUAUAAUGAUUGGUGCAUGCAUGUUCACCAAUAUGAUUAUUUACACAAUUUAAAGCCAUAAAAACCUUUUCUGCACUAAUUAUAAUACUAUAAAUGGAUUCACAUAAAACGUUACAGCAAAAGGAAACGGAGUGCUGAGCUUUUCAAAGUCGGACACAAAAAAAACGAUGUUGACGAGAUAUUCUGAGCCAUACAGUGGAAACAAUAUAUUGAUGGAUUUUGCUACAUUUAUUAUUAUUUUUGGUCUUACUUUAGACAAACUAGCUGUAAACAGGAAGUAAGAGGGUGCAACUGAAACAGUAAGAUAGAUAGUUGUAGCUUUUUUGUCUGUGUUUUUUUAGUUUGGUAAAUUCGCACCGUUAAAAGUUUGCCGAAUUAACUAUUAGCAGUUCCUGUUUGCAAUGUACCCAUAAAAUGUCCAGCAAAUAGUGAUUUGAGGACUUUGAUUAGUGAAAAAAAGUUAAAAACUUGACUUAGAUCUGGGAAGUUCUGGUGUUAUUUGAUUUGGGUGGUUUCUAAGCAGAUUUUUGGGUGUUUAUUUGCGAGAUUAUGAUAUCCCAUCCACACCAAGAACUACAACCCUGAUUUCAAAAGAGUCAAGACAUUGUCCAAAAUGUAAAUAAAACAGAAUGCGAUAAUUUACUAAUUGAAAACUGGACAGAGAAAAUUUAACUUCCUAAGCGUAGGAUAAGACUAAGAAAUUCUCUUUUUUAGCCACAUGCUAAACAAGAACAACUGCAAACUGAAACUAGAAGAUGUUAUCUCUCAAAUGAAGCAUCAGACAUGCAUUUUGGCACUACAGUUCUUCUGUUAUAAGCUUUUAGAUCAAAAUUAAAUCAAAACACUACCUGAAACUACCUGCUCUAUUUACCGUGAUCUUUGUAGUCAUGGUUCUUGGUGUGGAUGGCCGCUUAUGUCACGCUCUAUCUAAAAAUAUAUAUUUUCAUAUUUUUGACUGACUCAGAAGGGAGAAACAGAAGGAAUAUCGAGGCAGAUUGCGGCUCACGUCUCCCUGCCGAGGCACAGUUUGAAAACCUCGUUCAAAGAGAAAUCUGUGUCCUACCGACUCAUUAAAGGUCUUUGUAACGGACUGGUUCCAGAGUUUCCACUUUGAUGCCGUGAGACAUAUUUUUCCAUCAAUGAAAGCUGUGUUUUUAGUCACAGCAGCAGCAAAAAAGACAGGACACUGUAGCCUUCAUGAACCUAUGCAAACUGAUCCAUCCAUCUGCCCUCCUGAAAUGUGAAAAAUAGAAAUAAAACGCUUAACUCCUCUUCGGCUUGUAGCCAAUGUGAGCUUCAGACACUACAGAGGCAGCAGAUAAUGAAUGUUGUGUGCUGAUGAUGGAGCGCCUGCAUACAUCGGACAUUAGACAGUAUAUAGAUGUUCACUAACAUUGCAUGAACUGCACACAGUCCAAUGCACAUAUUGUACAGUGAAAAUAUAUUCUACAUCAUGACCCCCCCCUCCCCGGCUGCUGUCGACUUUACUCUGAAUUCAAAGCACUUUGUGACGCCUGCAGACACUCAAUGCUGCUGGUUUGCUCGUAUGGUUCUUGUGAACUCACACUCUUUACCCUCUAGCAUCUGUUUAAAAAUGUUUACAUUGUAUGUUCAUUGUUUCCCUCCUCGUACUGUUAUCCAGACACAACCAUAUGCAUUCAUGGCAUAUUUGAGAAAUAAAUUAUGGAUUAUUGA